GAGCUGUACGGCCUGGCGCUGCGCUUCUUCAAAGAAAAAGAUGGCAAAGCAUUUCAUCCAACUUAUGAAGAAAAACUGAAGCUUGUGGCACUGCAUAAGCAAGUUCUUUUGGGCCCAUAUAACCCAGACACUUGUCCUGAGGUUGGAUUCUUUGAUGUGUUGGGGAAUGACAGGAGGAGAGAAUGGGCAGCUCUGGGAAACAUGUCUAAGGAGGAUGCCAUGGUAGAGUUUGUCAAGCUCUUAAAUAGGUGCUGCCAUCUCUUUUCAACGUAUGUUACAUCCCACAAAAUAGAGAAGGAAGAGCAAGAAAAAAAAAGGAAGGAGGAGGAGCGGCGCAGGCGGCGUGAGGAGGAGGAACGAGAACGUCUGCAGAAGGAGGAGCAGCAGCGCAGGAAAGAAGAAGAAGAACGGCUCAGGCGCGAGGAGGAGGAGCGGAGGCGCCUGGAGGAGGAGAGGCUUCGGCUAGAGCAGCAGAAGCAGCAGAUAAUGGCAGCUUUAAACUCGCAGACUGCCGUGCAGUUCCAGCAGUACGCAGCCCAGCAGUAUCCAGGGAACUACGAACAGCAGCAGAUUCUCAUCCGCCAGUUGCAGGAGCAGCACUAUCAGCAGUAUAUGCAGCAGUUGUAUCAAGUCCAGCUUGCACAGCAACAGGCAGCAUUACAGAAACAACAGGAAGUAGCAGUAGCUGGGGCCUCUUUGCCUACAUCAUCAAAAGUGAAUGCAGCUGUACCAAGUGAUAAGAUGUCAGUUAAUGGACAGGCCAAAACCCACACUGACAACUCUGAAAAAGAGCUUGAACCAGAAGCCGCAGAAGAAGUCCUGGAGAAUGGACCAAAAGACUCUCUUCCAGUAAUAGCAGCUCCAUCCAUGUGGACGCGACCCCAGAUCAAAGACUUUAAAGAGAAGAUUCGGCAGGAUGCAGAUUCCGUGAUCACGGUGGGCCGAGGAGAAGUGGUUACUGUUCGAGUGCCCACCCAUGAAGAAGGAUCGUAUCUCUUUUGGGAAUUUGCUACAGACAGUUAUGACAUUGGGUUUGGGGUAUAUUUUGAAUGGACAGACUCUCCAAACACUGCUGUCAGCGUGCAUGUCAGUGAGUCCAGCGAUGACGAGGAAGAGGAGGAAGAAAACAUCAGUUCUGAAGAGAAAGCCAAAAAGAAUGCCAACAAGCCUCUGCUGGAUGAGAUUGUGCCUGUAUACCGACGGGACUGUCAUGAGGAAGUGUAUGCCGGCAGCCACCAAUACCCAGGGAGAGGAGUGUAUCUCCUCAAGUUUGACAACUCCUACUCUUUGUGGAGGUCAAAAUCAGUCUACUACAGAGUCUAUUAUACUAGAUAAAGGUGUUACUGCAGAGUCUGGAGUCUAGGGUUGGGCAGAAGAUGGCAUUUAAUUUGGAAAUUUCUUUUGACUUUUGUGGAGCGUUGCAGUCAGUGUGUGCCCUAUUGGUUUUGGUCUGAUGGUUUGUGAACUCUUGUUGGGUAUCAGGAUUUCCUUGAGACUCUUUAGCAUUAAUACUUGGGGUUAAAGGGAUUCCUCAGACUUAUCCAGCCCUUGGGUGCUGACCAGCAGAGUCACUAGUGGAUGUUGAAGUUACAUGAGCUACGUGUAAAUCACUAAAGUGUCCAAAAUAAACAUCCCAAGGUUGACCCCAGCUGGGUUAGUCCGUUGCCGCUACAUGUGAUUUAUGAGAGCCCACAGUUACAGCGCCCUCUUGUUUGAAUUCCUUAAGUUAAUAUUCUACAUGAGGUACAUCUGACUUGGAAGAUCACCAUUUUUAAAACUUAAAAACUUGAGACCUCACAGAUUAUAAUGGGGGAAAAAUUGCUUCAAUUUGAUCUGGUUGUGAAUGAUCCAUUGUUUUAUGCUUUGGGUACAGCUGUUUAGUUCCGAGUUAUAUUACAGAGUUAUUUUCUGAGAUAAUCUUAAAAUAGAAUGUCUAAAUCUGAUUGCUGAUCAAUGUAUCAACAUACAUAGAACACCUCAAACAUCCAUCUAAGCAAGCCUCCACAAGCUCAUGGUCCUUUUCAUUGGUAUUUAUACUACCUGUAGUGGAGUAAAAUUGACUCAUUUUUGCCUUGAUUUGGCUUUACAGAGCAUCUGAAAUUGAAACUGUUUUCUACACAAGCAUAUAGUUAGGGAUUUUGUAAACUCGAAUUGCCACCUAUGAAUUAAAAAAUAUAAAAUCAUUUAAAUACAAUUCAGUGUCUGAAGAAGAGCAUUGCACUAACAUGGAAAUCACUGCCAGAGAUGGUCCAUUUUUAAUUUGUUACUACUUAGACACAAACCCUACACGGUUCCAGUUUGGAAUUACUGGAGAGAAUUGGAAAUGCAUAUGCCAGUGCUUAAAUUUUUUAUAGCUUUAAUCUAUAUUAUGUGUUUAUCGAUGGCAAGAGGCACACCUUUGUUUUCUUUACUGAAAACAAAUAUGGAUUAAUUGCCUCAAAUAUGUAUAAGUGAUUGACUAGUCUAGCGAUUCUUGUUUUCAGAAGGGAGGGUAGUACAGAUAGAAAAUGACAGCGAUGGCAAUAUACACAUGUAAUGUUGUUACUAUAUGUUGUUACUGAAAUACUUAGAUUUUUACAAUUUGAAAUCAUAAGUCACUUCUCCUAGGAGGGUUUCCAUUGAUUAGCUGCAGUAUAUACAGUUCACUACAUAAGGAAGGGGCUGUUGGUUUUUGUGUGCUGCAUUUCUUUCUGUUUUUUUAAUACCUGGUUUUGUACAUACUAAUUAACUAUUCUCUUUUGUUUAGAAACUGGAUUAUUUUUCCUAAGAAGUGCUUACCCUGUGUUUUUCAUUUUGAUUCAGUAGUCCCAGCUCAUAGAUGUCCAUACUGUUACAUUAGAACACUUACCCGGCUUCCCAUCAGCUCUCAUGUAUAUAUGGUCUAGAAACCACUGGGUUAGGCACUUCCGGGCUUUUUUUUUUUUUUUUUAAAUGAGAAAAUACUGUAUUUAAAAUGUAAAAUAAACUUUUAAAAAGCAGGCACUAAUAUAUAUUUCUUCCAGCCUUUGAUUACAAACUUGUCCUUGCACAUGUUAAGAUGUAUUACCUUCUAAAAAUAUCGUUGUUCUUGGGAGCAGUGUGUGUUACUUCACAUAGCAAUGGUUCCUGUCGAGUGUCCAUGUCAGAACAUUUUGGGUUUAAACUUUUAUAUUGCCUUUGGCUGUUGAUUAGUAGAGUUCAAAUGAGAUUUCAAAAACAUCUUGAAAAUAAUAUAUUUAAUCAAUUAAAAUGUUUAUCUGUAA